CCUUCUCCUCCAGUUAGAAAUAAAUAAAAACAUCAUCUCAUCUCAUCUCAUCUCUUAGAAACAAAAAUGGAGUUUCUAACAGUCCCUUCAAACCCUAAUAAUUUCCUCACCAUCCCAACCACAAGCACCAUUAACAUGAUCACCCCAUCAAAGAUCUCCGGCAUCAUGUCCUCGCCGGCGAUGAUGACGAUGACGUCAUCCACACCCCCAUUACUGUCUCCUGGACCGGUAAUAAGCCGGUACGAGAAUCAGAAACGGAGGGACUGGAACACUUUCUGCCAAUACCUCCGCAGCCACCACCGCCCUCCCUUGCCCCUCGCUCUCUGCGGUGGGGCCCACAUUGUCGAGUUUCUCAGGUACCUCGACCAGUUCGGAAAGACUAAGGUUCACCACCGUGGCUGCCCCUUCUUCGGCAUGCCGUGUCCUCCCGCCCCGUGCCCCUGCCCGCUGCGUCAGGCUUGGGGCAGCCUGGACGCCCUGGUCGGGCGGCUGAGGGCGGCGUACGAGGAAUACGGAGGUGGACGGCCGGAUACUAACCCGUUUGGGGCCCGGCACGUGAGGAUCUUCCUUAGGGAGGUUAGGGAGUUUCAGACGAAAUCUAGAGGGAUAAGUUAUGAGAAGAAGAGGAAAAGAGGAAAACAGAAGCAGAUUCAAAUUAUGCAACAUGAUCAGAAUCUACAAGCUCAGUCGAAUUCUAUCCCUAUUACCUAAUUAAUUAUAUAUUAAUAACAUCAUAUAAUAUACACAAUCAAAAGCUAGCGCCAGCCAUGGGAUGCAUGAUCAUUUCAAUGCUCGAUCAUUACUUACUUUUCAACUUUAUUAAUGGAUCGAGAGAUUAGACCACUACUUAAGCUGCCGGCUGACCUAGCUGUUUGUUAUAUGUGUAACAAUAACAAAUAUUGAACAUAUAUAUAUAUGUGUGUUCUAUUUUGACUUACAUUAAUAAUACUUCAAUCUCUAUGCUUGUUU